GGUUGUUCAUGGAGUGUAUGGGCAACAUGAGAGCUUUCACUGAAAUCUGGGAAAGGAGAUUUGAAAUUUUUGUUGGCUUGAUUUACGUGUGUUUUGAACUUCUAAGUCUUCUUAUGUCUUAUUAUUUUUUUAAUAUUAUGCCACCCAGAGAUUUUCUAAAUUAUGGCAUCUUUAGGCCUAAUAUCUGCAGAAUUAGGAAAGUCAUGGUCUAAAAUAGUAAUGCUAGAAUGUGUGAAAGCAACAACAGAAACUCUUGAUAUAUCUGCAAUGAUGGCAAUAAACAAAGCAACGGUUAUCAAUAAAGCAGACAAGACAAUGGAUGAAAUCCUGCAGCAAUAUGAGAACAUUAGGGAGAUUCGGGAGGCAUUGUCAUCACCAACUGGAGCAGCAACUAAUUUUGAUGAUGAUGAAUUGGAAGCUGCACUUGAAGAACUCAAACAAUCCAAUUUGGAGGAACUGCCCAUCAUGCAGGCAACCAACACCAGCUGUUUCUCCAAAGAGAAACAAAACCAAAGAAGAUCUUGUGGUUUUACAGGCAGAGAUGACAGUCUAAUAGUUACUCAUUACUCAUGCCUAAGCCUGUAGGAUACACAUGUGGAUGGCACUGGGUUUUCUUCUUCUCUUCCACAAUGGAGUUCAGAAAGGAAAAUGCCCAAAGAUGAGGAGUAGGUGCCUAUUGGAGAUCUGGCAACACAGGUUUGAGAUUGUGCCUUCAAUAUUUAGCUGUGACUAAUGUUUGAUAAUAAAAUAGUCAUUUUGCA